UGCCGGGAAGGGCUCGGGGAGGCGCCGCCGCGGCGGGGCAGGGCAGGGCAGGGCAGGGCCCGCUCCGGCCGCCCGCCGCCGCACGCCCGCCCGCCCCCGCCGCCGCGCAACGACUGGGCCGCGCCGCCCGCCGAGCCACGCCCCCCGUCGCGCCGCGCGCACCCAGUGGUUGGGCCGGGCCCGCGCGGAGCCUCCUGGGAAAUGGAGUGCGAGGUGCCGCCAUCUUGGAGCGGGGAGAGGGAGAGCCCCCAGGACUGGGACCAAGGACACUGACACCCUGGAGCCACCAAUGUGCCUCCCGGGGGCAGCAUCAGGUCCUGCUGACAUAAGGCUGGUGAAUGGCUCUGAUUCCUGCGUGGGCCAGCUGGAGGUGUUUUACAGUGGGGGAUGGUGUGCGAUGACCAGUGGAGCCUCAACGGAGCCCGCGUGGUCUGCCAGCAUCUGGGCUGCAGGACAGCACUGUCAGCCAUCUGCUGGGCUCUGUGGACGAGAAGCAGACCCCAUCUGGCUGGACAACACAUGCUGCACCGGGACAGAGGCUGCCCUUUCCAAGUGCCAGGCAUGGCCCUGGGGAGCCCACAGCUACGGGCACGGGGAAGAUUCCAGUAUCGUGUGCUCAGAACCAGCCCUGGUCUGGCUGAUGAAUGGCUCCGGCUGCGGCUCACGGCUCUGUUACCAUCAAACCUCUGCAUCCUCUGCUGCUGCUCCCAUUGCUGGUCUCAUUCAUCCCUCCAGUCUUGAUGCUGGUCUGCAGGGUUAUUCUGGACCAGAGGAGGAGUCGAAUGCAAAGCAGGGUUUUUAAUUCCCCACUAGGCUUUGUGCGCAUGGAGGAGCUGAUUGUCUCUGACACAUCCAUCUCGAUGCCUGGGAAAGAAAAGCAGCAGCCAAGGUGGCUCCUGCUAGGGAUGCUGACAAGAGAGCUCAGCGCAGCCUGUGACCAGCCCAGA